AUGCAGUUCCUUUUCCUCGUCUUUUCUUUCGUCGUUGCUCUGGCUGGCCAAGUGCUCGCUUUCGAUAUUCCGGAUCCGCACAACAAGAUCACCUACACCACCCAGAAUAUCCUCAACCUUCCAGAUGGUCCUGUUACCCAGGCUUGUGCAGCCAACUUGACUUUGGCCAGGAACAUGAUCAAUGGCUGCAACGACAACACCGCCUGCCUGUGCGGAACGGAUGUGGUCUGGGCUUUGGUGGACAGCCAAACCUGCAUGCUCCAUUUCCUCAUCGACAGGAACCUUCCGUCUCCCGAUCUCAAGGUCGGCUCAAACAUCAUCGUCUCGGGAUACGCUGCACAGUGUGCUGCCUUGGCCAACGUUACCUUGCCACCCGAGCUGUCUGCGUUGACUUUGCCUGAGAAAUGGGAUGGCCCGUUUGUCGCUGUUCUCCCCGUCGGCGGUGCGGUUGUUGUUGUGAUCAUCGGGGCGUUGCUGGGCGGGUCAGCACUGUUCCUGCUUUCCAACUUAGACUAGUGGUUGUAUGUAGCGGCAUUUGCGAUGAAUGAUACAAGGAAUAUGCGGUUCCCACGAUU